ACCUCUACGCCUGCCUUGUGGAUUUUUUCACCAACUGCUCCCGCUACGCUAACUGUGACACCGGCUACCAGCACGGAAAUCUCUUCAUGUCCUUCCGCAGCCUCUUCCAGGAUGUGUCUGAUGCCAUGGACAACAUCCACCAGUCGGGCUGCCUGAAGGAGAAGACGCUGGAGAACCUGGAGAAGUUUGUGGAGAAAGAUGGCCGGAUUCCCCUCCUGCUGGGCCGCAUGAAGGAGGUCGGGAAGGUGUUUCUGGCCACCAACAGCGAUUACAACUACACUGAUGCCAUCAUGACCUACCUGUUCGACUCUGGUGAAGAGCGUCAUGCAGGGACUGCACCCCGGCCCUGGAGAUCGUACUUUGACCUGGUGGUGGUGGACACGCAGAAGCCGGGCUUCUUUGCGGAGGGGACGGUCCUGAGGCAGGUUAACACGGACACGGGGAAGCUGCGCAUCGGGACCUACACAGGCCCCCACCAGCACUGUGCCGUCUACUCUGGAGGAUCUUCGGACGCCGUGUGCGAGCUGCUCGGGGUGAAGGGGAAAGACAUCCUCUACCUGGGGGACCACAUCUUUGGGGACAUCCUCAAGUCCAAGAAGCGGCAAGGUUGGCGCACCUUCCUCGUGGUGCCCGAGCUGGCACGGGAGCUGCGGGUCUGGACUCAGAGAAAUGAGUUGUUUGAGGAGCUGGGAAAGCUGGACGGGGUCCUCGCCGAGCUGUACCAGCGCAGGGACUGCAGGAGCCGGGAGCAGCCGGACAUCAGUGCUACCAAGCAGCAGAUUGAGAGAGUGACGCACGAGAUGGACCUGUGCUACGGCAGGAUGGGGAGUCUGUUCCGCCGCGGCUUCCGACAGACGCUUUUUGCCAGUCAGCUCACGCGCUACGCCGACCUCUACGCCGCCUCCAUCGCCAACUUGCUUCACUAUCCCCUCAGCUGCCUGUUCCGUGCUUCUCCUAUGCUGAUGCCCCACGAGUUGGCAGUGGAGUCCCCUCAGCUAGAGGCAGCAGGAGAGUCGGGACCGAGCCUGGGGCGAGCCCUGCGCCAGAACACCAGCAGUGGACACGAGGAACAGCAGCGAGGUCGGCAGCCGGGGGAUCAAGUCAAGGAGGAAGAAAGAAGACCCCACGGAGAUGACCGAAUAAAUAAUGAGGAUCCAGGCUCUCUCCAUUAGGCCACCCUGCUUCUACAUGAGGAAUGGAGUAGAUCCAGUUGAGUCUUCUCCAACACACCCACUCUGUGGUCCGAGUCAUCUUCAGAGAGGACGGUGAGGCCUCCUGGUGUGCCAGCUUUGUCUUGGUCACCUGCCAACACCACAGAGCCAGCAAACUGGAGUCCUGGAGGUCUUCCUGGAGGAGGCUGGGCCACCCAAACCACGACCAGACAUCUCACCUUCACUACAUCAACAAGCAGCAGGAAGAGCUCACCGGACCCACCACGGCUUUCUGCUCCAACCCCGCGAGGGCCCAGCUUGCCCUUCCACCCAACCCUCACCCCGGCUCAUAAGGUGCUUUAGAUUCCUCUUGCCCCGUGCCUUUAAUCCCCCCCUGCAGCCCCACAUUACAGUGAAGUGUGCUUUA